UUUUUAAAAGAUGUUGGAAACUAAUUAUCGCUUUCUUCCUACAGCACCAGUAAUCUCUACUCUGUGGUCUGUCUCCGACCACUGCUGUGGUCCGAGGCUGAGUUUACGCUCAACUUUCCUAUGCAGUGCGCAGAGGUGACCACCAGGUGCCGCUGUUUCACUCCGCUACAACCACCGCUCUCCUCCAGGACCAUGUGCGGGAAUGAAGGCGGGGAGGGUGUGGUUAGAAGUUGGCUGUAAAUCUGACCCGCCUGCUGGCCUUCAGCCCGGAGGCUCAAUAACUGUCCUGUGACAGCAGCAGCUGUUCACAGAACCAUGCAGCUGCAGCAGCGGAUCAAAACACCAUGAGCAGCUUCUGAAAACUUCUCUGAACUCCGAUCUGACCCAGCCGAAGGUUCCGGGUGAUCCAGGAGAACCGCACCCAUGUCACCGCUGCAGCUCUCCGUCUACUGGCGGCUCUCCCUCCUCUUCUUUUUCAAGCCUUUCGUUUUCUUUCUCGACAUUUUUACGGUCGCUAUCGCUGCCAGAACGUGUCGCCAUGACAACGACACCGACGCCACCGCGUCCUGGCUCGGGACGUUUCCGCCCAGCGCAGACAGCAACCAAUCGCAGCACGGGGAAGUUUCGGAGGUGAUCGCUGAUUGGUGGACGGAUAAAUUGUGCAGCUGGACAGACUGGUUGUCUUAUGGUCAGACGGUCUACAUGGUGGGACUGCUGCUAGGAUCUGUGGUGGGAGGAGCUAUUUCAGACAGGUACGGGAAGCGCCCGGUGCUGCUGGUAUGCGCGUGCGUGCAGGCCUUCUGCGGCCUGGUGCCCGCUGUUUAUCCUCAGCCGCUCCUCUUCCUCGCCAUCCGCUGCCUGACAGCGGUUUGCUGCUGUUGCAUCCACAUCUGCGCCUUCAGCCUUGCUGUAGAGUGGACCCUCCCGGCUGCUCGGCUCUGGCCGCCGGCUUUCCUGCCAUUCUGCUUCAGCUUGGGGACAAUGGGUGGAGCUCCCUUGGCCUGGCUAAGCCCCACCUGGACAUACCUGCACCUAUCACUGGCCCUGCCACAGAUCGUCUGUCUGCCUCUCUACCUAUCGAUCCCAGAGUCUCCCCGCUGGCUGCUGUUACGACGGAGAAAGGAUGUUUUAGAGAGUUACCAUGGCAACAGCCCUGCAGAUAAGAAGUGUUUGGACCUGCUGUUGGACUCAGCUUGGUCCGAACUGCAGAACGCCGCUGAAGCGAAGACGCAAACGGCAGGUAGUGGAGGCCACACCCCCAGUGACAUCACCCACCUGAGGCACCCCACUAUCCUCCUGCGGCUAUUCAUCAUGAGCUACCUGAGUGCUGCUACAGCCUUGACGUACUAUGGGAUUUGCCUGAACAUCGGCUCAUUUGGCGUCGGCGUUUACGCCGCUCAGUUCUUCUCCGGUCUGUCAGAGGCUCCCUGUCUGCUUGUCCCUUUGGUUCGGAUGGGGCGCCGGCUGAUCUGCACGUUGGCUUUAUUGCUGAGCGGAACCGCCUGCUUUAUGUCAUUACUGCUGUCCAGAUACGACGGAACCCCGGCGCUGGUCAUGAGUCUGGCCCUGCUGGGAAAACUCUGCAUCCUGACUGCAACCUUCAUCUCCGUUCUGUACUGCAUCGAGCUGUUUCCUACCGUAGUCAGGCAGCGCUGCAUCUCUCUGGUCAACCUGUCCUACCGGCUCGGCUCUCUGGUCACCACCUUCCUCCCUCCCAGCCCCACUGGAGCCAUCUCAUUGGCUGCCAUGGUGGUGUACAGCAGCGGACCAAUCAUAGGCUGCGGUCUGUGCCUUCUGCUGCCAGAAACCAGCGGGGUGCCACUUCCUGACUCCCUGGAAGACUGCAACAGGCAGCCUAAGACCCAACCAGCCAGCAUGGACGCCCUCUGGAGGCCAAGGAAUUUUCUGAGCAGCCAAACAGAGACAGAGAUCCCCCUGCCAGAGAAGGUGGUCAUCCAGACGCCAAACACACCGUUUCUACAGCAGCAGCAAUAAGCUUUCAUUCACCAAAGAGUCAAAGGAGAACAAACCUGUUGGAUUCUACUUCAGACUGCGAGGACCUCUGUCGCUCUGAUGGUUCAGUUCAUCUCAGGGAGGUGUGGGAAGACAUCUGUUAACUUUUUGUUUGUUUGGGGGUUUUAUGCAUUUGUUGUUUGUAAAACAGAAAUUUAACUCCUGGUACGUUCACAGCUGCAGAUUUAAAACUUUUUUUUUUUUCUGGAAUUUCAUUUAAAUCACAUUUCUGUAUUUGUGAAUAUCUAAGGCUUAAGUCCAAUAGUUACAGCGUCCUCUGCAGGAUAGACAUGGAAUUGCAGUUGUACAUAACAUGUCAGCUUGUUUUUCCCAGAUUAUUUCAUUUUGUACCAAGAUGAACAGGAAUAAUAAACCCGAUUUUAUUGU